CGAAGGAGGAUCAGAAGGCGGAAAUAAACAAAGCUCGGCUGACGUGGAGCAAAAGUCAGACGAGCUCGGUUGUAUUUUUCUUCAACAUUUACUCGACAUUUUCUGCUCACUUCAGGCGACAAAUCAGAUUGAGAGUCGCAGCAAAGCUUCUGCCGUCGAGUGACGCCUCUCACCGCAGCAAAAUGGCGACAGCGGCGGAGGCCAGCAGGCCGUUCGCGGGGCUGUCCGACGUCUCGGUGCCGGAGGACACCCCCGUGGAGGGCGACAUCUCCGUCCCCGUGGGCUCGACCAGGCCGGACGAGGAGUUCUCCACGCUGGAUGAGCCGGUGAAGGAGACCAUCCUGCGGGACCUCCGCGCGGUGGGCAAGAAGUUCGUCCACGUCCUGUACCCCAAGCAGAGCUCGGAGCUGCUGCGGGACUGGGACCUGUGGGGGCCCCUGCUGCUCUGCGUCACCCUGGCGCUCCUCCUGCAGGGCGGUGCGGCCGACCACCAGGACCAGGGGGGGCCGCAGUUUGCUGAGGUCUUCGUCAUCGUCUGGUUCGGCUCCAUCAUCAUCACGCUCAAUUCCAAGCUGCUGGGCGGGACCAUCUCCUUCUUCCAGAGCCUGUGCGUGCUGGGCUACUGCAUCCUGCCGCUGACCGUCGCCAUGGUCGUGUGUCGGCUGGUUCUGCUCGGCAGCACGGGCACGGUGAGCUUCGCCGUGCGGCUGGCGGUGGUCGCCGCCUCCUUCGCCUGGUCCACCUUCGCCUCCACGGCCUUCCUCGCCGGGAGCCAGCCGCCCAACCGCAAGGGGCUGGUGGUGUACCCGGUGUUCCUCUUCUACUUCGUCAUCGGCUGGAUGGUCCUGACCUUCUCGCCGUCGCAGUAGAACGGAGCUUUCGAAGUCGAGGAGCUUCUCCGGGGUUUAUUGUUCCGUGGUGUCAGAAUGAAGAAGGCGGAUGAUUCACUAACUCCAGCGUGUGAACGCUCUUUCUGCAAACAUCUGUUUUAUUUCUCUUUGCCGAGACACAAGUGUCGGAUCCUGCGGAGCGGGCCAAAGAUCCCACAUUUUUGUAAACUUAACAUCACACCAGCUAACAUUCUGCGAACUUCAGUCGCAAUCUGGAACCCGGUCCCACGCCGCAUUUACAGACCAUGGGAUGUUGCUUGUUGAGACCAUUUAGUAGGGGUGUGAAUCUUUUGGGUACCCGGUGAUAGGAUCCGAUUCCUGGGGCGACCGUUUGAUUCAGAAUCGAUUCUUGAUUCAAACCGCAAUGUAUUAUUUGGUAGAAUAAUUAGAGUGAAACUUUUUGGAAAAGCUUCUGUUUCCAUGGAGAUGGCCUACUAAAUGUCUUUUUAAAAAGUUGACUAUGAAAAAAUAUUUUUAUAUAUUUUCUUUUUGAAAAUUCUGAAUCAAAUUGGGGUGUGGAUCGUUAUUUUUGUGCAAACUCUACAAUUUAUCAUCGACGGUGAAGGGAAUUACCGCAGGUUUUUUUGUUUUUUUUUAACGUUUGCUCCUUCAUACAAAGACAUGUUUUUGUUCAAAAAUGUCUUCAUUAAAAAGAUACUUCUACAAA